UGUUUUUUUUUCUUUGACAGUUAUUAGAGCGAGAAUUACAACCAAGGAACUGAUAUACCCUGAGCCACAACCAGAACCAAUGGCUGAGUCUUCAUCGUUCAGUGAAGUUUCCUUCUCAGAUUCUGAUUGGGGUAUUGAUAAUGAAGGACCAAUCUUGGAACAGAGUGAAAGUUUACUGGCUGCUUCAUUGAAUCUGGCUGCUAUGCCAAGAUUACCUCAGGUGCGAGUGCCAGCUGGUCUUGAGGUGCCUAAGUACAUGGAGGAGAAUCGACCAAUCAAAUUGGAAUAUACUGUCAAGGUUGAAAAGAUCUAUAAAGGAGAUGAUCUUCUGAUGCCUAAGUCUAUUGCCAAGAUUGCUUCAGCAGCCAUUGAUGCAGCAUGCGGAGUCACAGACUUAGAAGUGGGACAGGUCUACAUUUUAGCAGGAACCUUUUACAAUGCUGAGCUAAGAAUUUCAUCAUGCAACUGGAAGGAGGGAUACAAGAACAUAACAAAGAGACAAAGACAAGGAAUCAAACACAACUACAAACUACAAUGUGGAAAAUGUGAAAUUUCGCCUUGCUACGGUCGUUACUGCCCGACUGAGCCUGUAUCGGGUGUGUGUAUGUGGGACUUGGCUCACCUAAGGGAUGAUUGUGAGAGUGAAUACGCUUACUGCUCACCAGAUGCAAGUGGACAGUGUUUCUGGAAUGGAAAGACAGACAUGCGCCGAUGUAUGAGGAGACGAGCUAAGGGAAGGACACAGAGCCGAGGAUUUAUGCCAUAAACCACCAACAGAGGGCACCCUCUUUUUACCCAUCAUGCCUGAUUCUCUUCAUCAUGCUGGAGUGAAGUGCUCUUGUGUACAAUGUACAUAAUCUACUAUUCAUGGACACUCCCCUUUGAAGAUUUCAGUGUUUGGUCAUCAUCUCUAACAAUCAACUUUUAAACUGUUAAUUUCUAGAUAAUCAUUAAAUAAACCAUUUUAUUUUUUAGACACACACAAUAAAAAUGAAAACUGGGAGACACCCAUUCAGAAAUUUUUUUUUGGAUUAUUUUUAUGUGAAAAAGUAAUAAAAUUAACUGCCGAGAGCUAGAACUAGAAGAGUGUGAACUCCUAGAUAGCAUUAACACCCCUUUUUACUCUAUUGUAUACAUCAUAUUUCUAAUUGCACAGAAUAGAUUAACAGGGAAUUGGUCAAAGACUUUUGGCUAUUCUUUAACAAAUGAAGGUACUGUAUAUUUAGUGAAAAGGUAUUAUUAGACUUUAAAGUAUAGAUGUCAUAAAUGUCAUUUGAUUUUUUGUUGACUUGCUCUCAAUUGAACAGACACAAAGAAAGGAAAAGAGGUUUAAUACAACUUUAAAUGUAGCACGCUCAUAAUUUUUCUAUACCACAAUGAUGUUCAACUACAGAAAGGAAUUUUCUUAUUGGAUAUUUCAAAUUUAUUGCUUAUAACCCCUCAUAUUUUUGGGUUUGAUCAAAUAUCAAACUACAACCUUUUUCACAUUUUGAUAUUGAUUUUUAACCUCAAAAUACAACACAUGGUCUUCCUUUAAUAAAAGAAAUGAGGUCUGAAAGAAAAUUCAGAAAUAUUCAUUUUUUGUCAAGAAUGAAAAGUUCUUUGCAUUAUUAUUAAACUUUAACUGAAAUUAUAAUAUGACUAAGUUUAUUUAUAUGAUCAACAUUUUAUGAAGAACUGUAAUAAAAUGCUGUACAAAACUAUUAGCAUAUACACUCUAAAAACAAAAUAAGAAAGACACAAUUUUAGAACCAACCAUUAAGUUGAAUAAGGAACAGAAAGUGAUUACUUUUU